CAGGGCGCACUCGGCCCGGCCGGGGCCCCAGCAUGGCCGAACCACUGCUCAGGAAAACCUUCUCCCGCCUGCGGGGUCGGGAGAAACUUCCCCGAAAAAAGUCGGACGCGAAGGAGCGCGGCCACCCAGUCCAGCGCCCGGAGCCCAGCCCUCCAGAGCCAGAGCCCCAGGCCCUCGAAGGGCCCCAGGCUGGAGCAGAGGGGCCCCCCAGCCCUGAGGCGUCUCGUAGUCCCUCUCGGGGAGCCUACCUCCAGAGCCUGGAGCCCAGCAGUCGAAGAUGGGUGCUGGGCGGGACCAAGCCCCCGGAGGAGGCCGCUUUGGGGUCUGGGGCACCAGGCGGCGGGGAGCCUGCAGGAGAGAUCUGGUACAACCCCAUCCCUGAGGAGGACGCCAGACCCCUGGCACCUGAGUCCCCAGGGCCACAGCCAGGCUUGGCUGAGCCGGAGGGCCUGGCCCUACAAGGUGUGGCCCCUGCCAGCUCCCCAACCAAAGCCUCUCGAACCAAGUCCCCCGGCCCUGCCAGACGCCUCUCCAUGAAAAUGAAGAAGCUGCCAGAGCUACGGCGCCGCCUGAGCCUGCGCGGCACGCGGGCCGGCCGAGAGCGUGAAAGGGCCGCCCCUGCUGGCUCCGUCAUCAGCCGCUACCACCUGGACAGCAGCGUAGGGACCCCCGGGCGGGCGGCAGUGGCCGGGGGCGCUCGGGGCCUGCGCGCUGGGUAUCUCAGCGAUGGCGACUCGCCGGAGCGCCCAGCCGGGCCCCUGUCGCCCACCGCCUUCCAGCCCUACGAGGUGGGCCCAUCAGCCCGGGCGCCGCCUGCCGCACUCUGGGGCCGCCUCAGCCUGCACCUGUAUGGGCUGGGGGGUCUGCGGCCGGCACCUGGGGCCACCCCUAGAGAUCUCUGCUGCCUGCUGCAGGUGGAUGGGGUGGCCAGGGCCCGCACUGGGCCGCUGCGCGGAGGGCCAGACUUCCUGCGGCUGGAUCACACCUUCCACCUGGAACUCGAGGCUGCCCGACUGCUGCGAGCCAUUGUACUGGUGUGGGACCCUUGUGUCCGGAGGCACCGGCCCUGUGCCCAAGGCACCGUGCUGCUUCCCACGGUUUUCCGAGGGUGCCAGGCCCAGCAGCUGGCCGUGCGCCUGGAGCCCCAGGGGCUGCUCUAUGCCAAGCUGACCCUGUCCGAGCAGCAGGAAGCACCCAGCACAGCUGAGCCCCGUGUCUUUGGGCUGCCCCUGCGUCUGCUGGUGGAGCGGGAGCAGCCCCCAGGCCAGGUGCCCCUCAUCAUUCAGAAGUGUGUUGGGCAGAUCGAGCGCCGAGGGCUGCGGGUAGUGGGGCUGUACCGUCUGUGCGGCUCAGCAGCUGUGAAGAAAGAGCUUCGGGAUGCCUUUGAGCGGGACAGCGCAGCUGUCUGCCUCUCCGAGGACCUGUACCCCGAUAUCAAUGUCAUCACUGGCAUCCUCAAGGAUUAUCUUCGGGAGUUGCCCACCCCACUCAUCACCCAGCCCCUCUAUCAAGUGGUGCUGGAGGCAAUGGCCAGAGGGCCCCCGAGCAGGGCUCCCCCCAGCGCAGAGGGCACCCGUGGGCUCCUCAGUUGCCUGCCAGAGGUAGAGAGGGCCACACUGACGCUUCUCCUGGACCACCUGCGCCUGGUCUCCUCCUUCCACGCCCACAACCGCAUGACCGCGCAGAACCUGGCCGUGUGUUUCGGGCCCGUGCUGCUGCCGGCGCGCCAGGACCCCGGCAGGCCCCGCAUCCGCAACUCUGGCCCGGGCCUUGCCAACACCGUGGACUUCAAGCGUCACAUCGAAGUUCUGCACUACCUGCUGCAGGCCUGGCCAGAUCCUCGCAGGUCCCCAGAGGCUCCGGGCUUCGCCCCGUACCUCCGGCCGAAACGACAGCCGCCGCUGCACUUGCCGCUGGCGGCUCCCGAAGUAGUGCCUCGCCCCCGCGGCCGGGGCGGUCCUGAGAGCCCCCCGAGUAACCGCUACGCAGGAGACUGGAGCGUUUGCGGGAGGGACUUUUUGCCCUGUGGACGGGACUUUUUGUCCGGGCCGGACUACGACCACGUGACGGGCAGCGACAGCGAAGACGAAGAAGAUGAGGAGGCCGGAGAGCCGACGGGUGCCGCCGACUUCGAGGAUGACUUUGACGCGCCCUUCAACGCCCACCUGAACCUGAAAGACUUUGAUGCGCUCAUCCUAGACCUGGAGAGAGAACUUUCCAAGCAGAUAAACGUGUGCCUCUGAGCCGGGCGGGGCAGGACCCCUGUAGCUAAGGGCGGGGCUUCUGACAAGACGGACCAGACCAGUGUGUCGGGUUGUAGCUCCUGAUUGCUGGGGAGUUGCCGAGUGAGACCAGCCAGCCAGAUGCUGCGACUCAUUUCUCAUUUCCAAUGCUAAAUUAUUUGGGUACUGGUUGCAAAGGCCAGGGACUUGAGAUUUUGGGGACCAGCUGUUGUGACCAUCUUUUCUAAGUACCAAGGGCUUCUCCCGCUUGCUGGGCUGGCCUUUCUUGCCUCCCCUUUGCUGGGGAAUCACCAGUUAAUGUGAGCAUCACCCUGGGAUGGUGAGACACCCCCACCCCCAGUCAAUUCUUUUGCUGCUGCCAACCAAAUCAGUAUUAGCUUUGAGCACUGCACUCUUUGCUUCUCCCUCCCUUGGAGGGCCCAAAGACUAUGAGGCGCUGUUUGGGGUGAGGUCAAGAACAGCCUCUAUAGGGACUCCAGCUGGAUAGGGACAGCCUGGGGCUUAUAGAAAAACGGCGGUUUCCCCACUCUUUCCCAGGGAAAACCCCACAAUUGCCUCAAACCAGCUGGCCUUUUCCUUCCCCAGUUCUUCCUCAAUCCCUAAAGAAAAUGAGCACUUACAAGACCUCCCUUUUGGAGGGGCCCCACCUGAAGUGUCAGGCUGGGGGCACUUUGGUACGGAACAUAUUUAUUGCCUCCAUGCGUGUGUGUCUGUGUGUGAGGAUGAGUGUGCAUGGACAUCUCUGCAGCGGGCGUGUGGGGCUCU